UAACUAUCUGGCGAAGCUGACAGACUUGCAAGUAGCUUAGUCAGUUGGUCCACGUAAUCCAUUAUGCCUCUUCAGAAACAUUAUCUCAUUGGAAUAUGUGUUCUUCUGGUGGCUGCAGCUGUAGUAUUUUUGGUAUUUCUGUUUAAACUAGAAGAAGAAAAGCCAUCUCCAAAACUACGUACGGAGGUGUAUGCUCACCUCGACAAAAUAUGCAAAGAUGUAAAUUCCUUGGACAAAAUACAGAUAGCAAUUUACUUCUUGAUGCAAAGCUGGUUGACGAUGUGCGAUGCCACUCCAGAUACGGUCACUUUCGCUCCGCUCAAGUUUAUGAAAAAGAGGAUUCACGAUUCAGUCACUAAAAAAAUACAAGAGUUUCACAAAAAAGACGAACAAUCAGUUGAAGAUUGCAUCAUAACAUAUUACAACACCGAGAUUAAAUCAACUGAAGACGAUUUCCACAAGAUGCUAUUCGAGUUGGUUCUUCAAGGAUAUAUGAAGACGUUCACAGAUAAUAUCGUGCUGGACGAAUCUAAUCAGUUUUUGAAAAUGGAAAUGAAAAACUGCAACGCUACAGAUUGUCAGUAUUCAUUUCCCAAACCUCCAUCUGUCCCACAAAUGAUAGACGUGAUCAUUAAAAAGAGUCAAGAUGAGCCAGAAGACGUUCAAGAAAAAAAGUGUGUUCAGGUAUUUCAACACUUAUUCAUUUGGAACGAGAAGAUUAAAAAGCCCGAAUGGUUUGAGUGGUCCUACUACUUGUUGUUUAAGGGUGUUGAAAAGACGUUGAACAUUACUGAAAUAGAUGUAAAGCAAAACCUACAUUGUGCUUCGUCCCAAAUGCAAGCCAUGGAGAGAGCUAUCACGGCUAAGCCAGAUGACAUCAAUCCCUUCUUGGUGACUUUCCUCCGCGAAAGGGAUGUUGAAAUAGAGGUGUUAGAGGACGAAAUUGAAUACGCUGAAGAAAGUGCUAUUGCCGAUUCAUUGAAUCGCCGUUUGAAAGUACAGUCUAUCCUGGCUGAGUUGGUCCUGAAGACUUACAUGGAAAUGUUUGACAUCACCCCGACUGACGGGAGGUUUACAGUCAUAACAGGUGGCGGCCCCCCAGUGCAGGUGGAAGUGCCUCCGAUGGAAAACAUAUCUUCUCUAUAGCCAGGCUCAAGCAAGAGAAGUAAAGUUUGCUGAUUAAUUUAAAACCAAUAAAUUCAAUUGUGUGUCAUAACUGAAUAUUUCAAGAUGACAAAUGGUGGCUGACAAUCUUUUAUAGUUUAGCACAUCGUGUUGUACAUUUUUAAUAAAUAUUUGAAAACUGCUCAACAGUUUUUUUCCAACA